AUGUCCAUCAUGCAAACCAAAGAAUGCCACAUCUCAGACUGCGAGGAUAACGACGAUGAAAGCGAAUGGGAUUUAUCCAACACGUAUGAAAGCAGUUCGGAAAAUGAUGAAGCAUCCAGCGACGAACACAAGGAUCAUUAUUUCGACCCUACAAAGAUCACGACCUCUUUACCGUUGUUACCCUUCAACAAUCAAGUAGGCGGGCACGCGUCCUUUUUCCGUUUCUCAAAACGAGCCAUCUGCAAGCCUGUGUCUAGCAGAGAACAAGAAUUUUACGAACACAUUGAUGCCAAACAUCACGAAUUGCUUCCUUUCACCUCCCAAUACAUGGGUGUCCUCAACGUCACUUAUCGCUCUACUGGAACAGCUGAACCUCCAGUGCCUGAGGUGCUGUUUGAAAAGAAUAAGCAUUUAUUGCGCGAUUGGCAUGCUUGUGCAAACAAUCUGGGUAGGCGCCAUUCAUCCUCAUGCUCCCCAGGCUCGCAUCCUUCGCAGGACUAUCUGAGGCCCUCCAUCUGUCGUGCUCGAUCCAAAAAGUUUCAAGAGCAAGUGCUUCGAGAGGUGUUUUCUCCAGAGGCUCUCAAGGAGAGGUUGGUCCUGGCUGAGGAUUGGAAACGUCGGAAUAGACUUCCCAGUAAUGCAAGCAGUGGCAAUUUGGAGGAACUCAAAUCUUGUUGGGACUCCACUCAACCUGAACUUGCACACAGUUACUCUGAUCGCUUCCCUGUUAGAAAAUUAUGGAGGGACGAGAAUCCAAUUGCGGAAGGUGGCCGAUCCGUGCCUAUCAUGAGCACUUGUCAGCACCAUCAGCCAGCCGAAGAUGACUUUGAUGAAGAUGACGACAGUAGCACACUCACAGAUUCAAUUGAUACCAUGACACUAGAACCAAGACGACCUUCUUUUAUCAGCUCAACAGCCUCUUCACCCAGCAUCAAGAAGGAAUCGCCCGGAGAAUCAGUUGAUGACGAUAAUAUAUUUACAAUGGACGACUUUGAUGUUGGAAAGCGGCCUCACCUGGAUACAAUGAAACGAGCACCACCCAAUAUUCCACUCUUGCAAGUUGAUUCCACAUGCCUCAAGAAACAGAAUAACAAACAAAGAGAUUGUGCGACAUCAGAUACCAAUGCGAAGCGACUCAACAAUCCUUGGUCUCUGCAGAUUUACAACCGUGAUUUACAGAAGAUACGGAACAGAAAGCAGACAAACGCUGCAGACGAGCCACAACAGACUAUGCAAAAGUACAUCCUUAUUGAAGACUUGACCGACGAUGUGAAAUAUCCUUGUGUACUGGAUCUCAAAAUGGGAACUCGUCAAUACGGCGUCUAUGCCACACGUGAAAAAAUGAGAAGCCAGACGAUCAAAUGCGAGAAAUCCACUAGCAAAGUGCUGGGUGUGCGAGUGUGCGGCAUGCAGGUGUACAAGACCAACCUGAGAGAGUUUCUGUUCCAAGACAAAUAUUAUGGUAGGACUUUGACGCCAAUAUCAUUCUGUCAUACAUUAGAGGCAUAUCUUGAUAAUGGAAAUGGUUGUCAAAUAAAACAUAUACCCGUUAUCGUUAGAAAAUUGCGUAGAUUAGCAAGAAUUGUAAAAACUAUGAACGAUUAUAGGUUUUAUUCUUCUAGUUUACUGAUGAUUUAUGAUGGUAAUGCUAGCAGUGAUCGCAAAAUCGAUGUUCGUAUCAUUGAUUUUGCAAACUGCGUUACGUCUGAGGAUGUCCAAUGUCAAUACCAGAACUUUACAUAUCCACCAAGAAACAAGGGGCCUGACAAUGGUUACUUGCUCGGUCUGAAAUCACUGGUUUUAUGCUUUGAACGCAUCUUUGCAAAACAUGGCGGCUCUGCUCAAGACCUGUUUACGGAAGGUGAUGAUGUUUUUCAAGACAUUUACGAAACUGCCAAUGACGAAGCUAUCGCAAGCAUAAUGCAACAGUAA